UAAAAGGGAUUUUCCCCCUUUUCAGCGCUGCGAUUGCGCUGUCAUUUCCAGUUCAGGGCUUUCUGGUCGUGUCAAGUGGACAGCAUAUCUAUGGAGAACUACAACGAGGGUGCCCGGAACGACGAGUUUCCCGGGUACGGCAAGCCUUUCAAGUCGUUCGCCACCGAUGCCAUCCACGUCGGCCAAGAACCAGAGCAAUGGAACUCCAGGGCCGUAGUUCCACCGAUAUCGCUCUCAACCACGUUUAAACAGAGCCAACCCGGAAAGCACUUCGGCUAUGAAUACAGCCGCAGUGGAAACCCUACAAGAGACUGUCUUGAGAAAGCCGUGGCAGCGCUGGAUGGGGCAAAGCACUGCCUUGCCGUGUCUUCAGGGCUUGCUGCCACCCUGACCAUCACUCAUAUGCUGAAGGCAGGGGAUGGAAUCAUCUGCAUGGAUGAUGUUUAUGGAGGCACAAACCGCUACUUCCAAAAAGUGGCUACUGAAUUCGAGCUGCAGAUCACCUUAGUCGAUUGUACCAAACCAGAGCUACUGAAGGCGGCUCUCAAGCCCAACACUAAAAUGGUGUGGAUUGAGACGCCAACCAACCCCACUAUGAAAGUUGUCGACAUUCGUGCUUGUUCCGACUUGGUGCACGAUCACAACAAAGACAUCGUGGUUGUUGUCGAUAACACGUUCAUGUCUGCCUACUUCCAGCGUCCUUUGGCUUUAGGAGCAGAUAUUUGCAUGUACUCAGCCACUAAAUAUAUGAAUGGUCACAGUGACGUGGUUAUGGGCCUUAUGUCAGUCAACCGGGAGGAUCUGUACGACCGACUAAAGUUUCUACAAAAUGCUCUAGGCUGUGUGCCAUCCCCUUUUGACUGCUACCUUGUCAACCGCGGGCUGAAGACUUUGCAUCUGCGCAUGGAGCGCCACUUUAAGAACGCCCUGGCCGCAGCCGAGUUUCUUGAGGGUGAUUCUAGAGUGGAGCGCGUCAUCUACCCAGGUCUGCCCUCUCACCCGCAGUAUGACGUGGUGAAAAGGCAAUGCACAGGAUGUCCUGGAAUGAUCACCUUCUACAUUAAAGGAGAACUCCACCACGCCAACACCUUCCUCACCAGUCUCAAAAUGUUUGUAGUGGCCGAGAGUCUUGGUGGUUAUGAAAGUUUAGCAGAACAUCCGGCAAUUAUGACUCAUGCGUCGGUGCCUGAGAAGGAAAGGAGCAUCUUGGGCAUUAGUGACACUCUGAUCAGGCUCUCUGUGGGACUGGAGGAUAAGGCGGAUAUCAUUGAAGAUCUGAAUCAAGCACUUGCAGCCGCUGCUCCGUCUGUAAGUUUCAAAAUAGCAGAAAGACAUCAAAGUCUUAGCAAGGCCAGCAGAUGGCCCCUCAACAAGCGUCUUCCCAGAAUCCUCUUCUCAGAACCCAGAGAAGAACUAGUGUCUGCAGGGCUUGUUCCUCGGGAUGAAAGGGCUUAAAUGUAGCUUUUACGGGAACAGGGCGAGAUUAUUUAUCUUAGUUUACUUGUUUUUUUUUGUUUUUUUUGUGUACUCGUUUUGAAAUGCUUCAAGUGAGCUAAAUGAGACAAAAUCUUAGGCCAUCAAGAUUGAAAAGUUUGAUGAACACAAGAUUCUUCUAAGUGCAUCAACCGAUGUAUGUCUCAUUACAUAACAUACCAAAACAUACAUUUUCUUCCGCCACUCUGAAUGUAUCACUGACCGCGCUCGUGCUAUAACGCCAACUCCGCUAAGAGAAGUGCAAAUUUCCGUCUUUCCUGUCAAUCAUUUGAUGACAGAAUCUUACUUAUUAUAAAAACUCGCUCAUACCAAGAACAACUUUCUGGAUAUUCAUUUUGAAACGUGUGUGUGCAAGAAUGACAUGUUAUUCUUCAUUUGACUUGAUUUGUCAUGAAUGUUAAAUGCAUUUUCUCCCAUUUAAUAAAAGAUGUGCUUGUUAGAUGAA